GGUUUGUCAAAAUUAUUACCGGGUCUAGCCUGAGUUAGGGACGCCAACGAAUUACCAUGGCUUGUCAAAUUUUUCACAUCUGAUACUGAAAAACGAGAAACAAGAAUCUGCUUGUUGCUGAAUAUGAAAACAUCUACAUGACAAUUCAUCCACUGUUGUUGGAGUGAAAAUUGGUCCAACUGCAAAAAGGAAGUCCGCCUUCUCUCUCUCUCUCUCUCUCUCUCUCUCUCUUUCUCGCGAACGGACCCAGAUUCUCCCAAAGACGGCCUGAUUAAAGUCUGGGAAAUUUCUCUGCAUCAAAAAUGUCUGUGCUGGACCCAACCACCUUCCAAACCAUAGUCCCUUCUCGAUACAUCACCUUCACUUUUCCCAACCCACUCUUCCUUCCCGCUCUUCCCCAUUGCAGCCAUCUUCUCCACACCUCUCUCCUCCGCAUCGCCGUCCUCGACUCCCCCUCCCCCAUAAGCACUACCCCUCGAGUUGCGGCCAUGUUAGCCCCACCCAGACGCGAACAAGACUGGACGUUCUCUACCGAAACCGGCCACCUCCAGCUUCUCCUCUCCUUUCCCUAUCUUUCCCGCCUCAUUUUAAUCUCCAACAAUGAUAUUAAUAAUCCCUCCCACCCCACCUCCUAUAAAGCUCCACCCUUGUCCACAACCACCGAAAACCCAUCAACAACAACAACAAUUGAAGAAAAUCUAUUGCCACUGCUACUGGCUUUGACACCCAAAUCGGCCUUUGACCGGAGCAAUGGCUUUCCAGAAAUACCCUUCUUGAGUUACGAAGAUGAGGUGAUAAGUAGUCUAGUGUUAGAAAUUUGUGUUGGGCCUUUUGUUGGUGAAAUGCUAAUAGAAAAUGUUGUGCUGGAAUCGGAAAGUAACAAAAAUGACAAGGGUAGGGAGUUUAGGAGAAGGUUGAGGUUUAAGAGGAUGCCGAAUUUAAUUCAAACCCAGGUCAGGAUUCAUCCGAUCAGUGAAUUGGGUGUCGUGGGUGAUGAAUUGGAGGGGGUAGAGUUUACGGUGGAUGAUGGAGCAUUGGUCCAACCUUAUCUGAAUCCAAUGGUGGCAGGUCUGGCGGUGAUUAGUUCGUAUUUGGAUGAGCAAAUCCGAUGCGGGAUUAGGCCUAGAGCCCUGUGUUUGGGGGUUGGAGGAGGGGCCUUGCUCAGAUUUUUGAGUGAUCAAUUAGGUUUUGAAGUUGUGGGUGUGGAGGAAGAUGAGGUUGUUUUAAGCGUCGCGAAGAGGUAUUUUGGGUUGAGACAUAGUGAAUCGGUUCAUUUAUGCGUUGGUGAUGGAAUGGAAUUGAUGCAGAGGCUUGCAUUGAAAGGACAAGGUGAUGUUGAUAGCAAGUUUGCUGUGGUUAUGGUUGAUUUGGAUUCAAGUGAUGCUAGAAUGGGCACUAGCGCACCGCCUUUGAAUUUUGUCAGAAAGUCUGUUCUUUUGGUCGCUAAAGAAAUUAUCUGUCAGCGUGGUGUUCUCAUUAUUAAUGUGAUUCCUGCCAGCAAGUCAUUCUAUGAGAGGGUUGUUACUGAGUUUCAGGAGGUUUUUGAGGAGUUAUAUGAAAUUGACGUUGGAAAUGGGGAGAAUAUGGUUCUUGCUGCCUUGCGAUUGUCGAAAAUUAGGACAGCUUCUGGUGAUUUUGAGAACUCUUUCCACCAGAAGCUAGAAGCGAGUAUCCAGGGAUCUUAUAUGAAUUCUGUCAGGAAAAUCUAAAGGGUUUGGGUAGCUAUAUGAUUUGUAUUUAGUCACUGAGGACAGCAAGGUUCAAGAAUCAAUGGUGAUUCUCAAGGAAAUUACGAAAGGUUGCUGCUAAUUUGUAGUUAAGAUAGCACUUUGAAGCUUCUAUCUAACUAGUCCUUCAAGGUAAACCAGAUUCAAGAACUGACUUGGGAUUCCUCAUUUUCUUUACAAUUCUGUGGAAGUGACGAGAGCUUCAUGAUUAUUUCCUGCCUUGGUCGUUGUAAGGGUGCAUUAUCUGGCAUUUCAAGAGCAAACUGCUAUGGUACUUUCGGAAGGAGAGGGCAUGGGGAAGAUAAUGCAUCACUGACCUUUAGAGAAUGAACUUCAUAUAGAGAUAUCCCUUUUGAUGUGAACUAAGUUGCAUACUGUCUUUUUGGUAUGUAACUUGGAGUAGCAUGACCCUCUAUAGGACCAGUGUUAUAGUUUGAGUUCUCCUGUUAUGCAAAUGCAAAAUCUCUUUUUGCAUCUGCAGUAUUUUUCUGUUUGCCUCGGUGGUUUCAUAUUCAUGUCUUUUCUGAUACAUUAUCAAUAGUUCUAUUCUACAUUUAUUAAGGUUAACUGAACU